CGCGCCAUGUCCAUGCGGCCUGAACCUUCCAUGUCGGCGCUUCUGAACGAUGUUGGCACCCGCCGCAUCUUCAACGAGGAUCACGACAUGAUGCGUGAGUCGGUUCGCAAGUUUUUCGAAAACGAUGUCGUCCCCUACCACGAGGCCUGGGAGAAGGAAGGCCAGGUGCCCCGCGCUAUUUGGGAAAAGGCUGGUGAAAACGGUCUCCUUGGUAUUCCCAUUCCCGAGGAGUACGGUGGUCCCGGCCUCGACGUCUACGGCGCUGCCAUCAUGUGGGAGGAACAGGCCUACGCCGGUUGCUAUGGCCCCGGCUACGCCAUCCACAGCGACAUUGUGCUGCCCUACGUUUUGCAUUAUGGCACUGAGGAGCAAAAACACAAGUACCUCCCUGGGGCUUGUGCAGGUACUCAGAUUGCAGCCAUUGGCAUGACCGAGCCCGGCGCCGGCUCGGAUCUCCAAGGCAUCUCCACCACCGCCGUCAAGGACGGUGAUCACUGGGUCAUCAACGGCAGCAAGGUCUUUAUCAGUAACGGCCAAAUGUGCGAUUAUGUCAUUGUCGUCGCCAAGACUGACCUUGAAGCCAAGCGUGCAGCGCACGGCCUCAGCCUGUUCUUGGUCGAUGCGGGCACGGCCGGUUUCACCAAGGGCGCCAACCUGGACAAGAUGGGUCUCAAGGCCCAGGAUACCUCUGAGCUCUUCUUCGACGAUUGCCGUGUUCCCGAGUCUGCCAUCCUGGGUGAAGUCAACAAGGGCUUUUACUACCUGAUGUCCGAGCUCCCCCAGGAGCGUUUGCUGCUCGGUGUUAUGGCCACCGCCCAUGCCGAGGCCAUGUACGAGUGGACCCGUGCUUACAUCAACGACCGCAAGGCUUUUGGUGGAACGCUCGCCAACCUCCAGACCGUCCGCCACACCAUGGCUGAGCUUAAGACCUCCAUCGCCGUGGCCCGCGCCUUUACCGAUCAGUGCAUCCAGCUGCAUGCUGAGGGCCGCUUGACUCAGGAGAUGGCGUCCAUGUCCAAGUACUGGUGCACCGAACUCGAGGGCAAGGUGGCCGAUGUGUGCGUUCAGCUGCACGGCGGUUGGGGUUACAUGUCUGAGUACAAGAUCUCGCGCGCCUUCACUGACGCACGCGUGCAGCGCAUCUAUGGCGGUGCCAACGAGAUUAUGAAGGAGCUCAUCUCGCGCAGCGUUUAAGGCCUCUCUAAAUCAAUGAAUAUGGUUGCC